GAGAGAAGAGAGAGAGACACGGGGAGGGUGGGGGUAAUCGUGCCGUUUUCCUCGAGGAAUUUUAGACUAGUAAGAGGAGAAUAAGGGCUGCUAUGUGAGCGUGACGUGACAUUCGUGCAGAAUCUCGUGUUUGCUCGCUUCUGUGGAUGAAGAUUUCAGGAUAAACUCAUGGAUUCACACAGCUGCACUCCGCGAGCUACAGGCUGGGAAUAUAUUGCACAUCGCCAUUAAAGCCUCAAUAUUUGGAUAAGACACGAGCUCUCGGAUCACUUCACACAUUUUGCUGUCAAACUCUCUUUCUCUCAUCAGAAUUAAAGGCUCUUCUGACAUGGCGGACAGUGAAGACUCGUUUCGUCUCCAAAAUUCUCCCACUGACACCGAUCCAAAAGAUCUACAAAACGACGGCAAAUCAGAUAAACAGAAUGCAGCCUCCAGCAAAUCUCCGUCAUCACAGACAACAUACAUUCAACAGGGAAUGGAGGGGAUAAAAGUUUACCUGCACGAGCGUGAGUUGUGGGCAAAGUUUCAUGAAGUCGGGACAGAAAUGAUCAUAACUAAAGCAGGAAGGAGAAUGUUCCCGAGCUUUAAAGUGAAGGUCACCGGGUUGAACCCGAAAACUAAAUACAUUCUGCUGAUGGAUGUCGUGCCAGCGGACGACCAUCGCUAUAAAUUCGCCGAUAACAAAUGGUCUGUGACAGGUAAAGCAGAACCAGCGAUGCCCGGACGACUGUACGUCCAUCCCGACUCUCCGGCCACCGGCGCUCACUGGAUGAGACAACUGGUGUCUUUCCAGAAGCUGAAACUGACUAACAACCACCUGGAUCCCUUCGGCCAUAUUAUUCUGAAUUCAAUGCAUAAAUAUCAGCCGAGGAUUCACAUCGUGAAGGCGGAUGAAAAUAACGGCUUUGGGUCUAAAAACACGGCUUUCUGCACGCACGUGUUCCCAGAAACUGCGUUUAUUGCUGUCACGUCUUACCAAAAUCAUAAGAUUACCCAGUUGAAGAUUGAGAACAAUCCGUUUGCUAAGGGCUUCCGUGGAAGUGAUGACAUGGAGCUACAUCGCAUGUCAAGAAUGCAAAGCACAAAGGAAUAUCCGGUGGUCCCUCGCAGUACCGUCCGUCAGCGAGUGGGCAGCUGUCAGAGUCCGUUCAGCGGAGAUGUUCAGAGUCUUUCAACCCCGAGCGCCAUGAGCUCUCAGUACAGCUGUGAGAACGGAGUCACGAGUACAUCUCAAGAUCUGCUGCCGCCGUCCAGCUCUUAUCCACUGCCUCAUGAACACGGACCAGAUUAUCAUCACUGCGUCAAGAGAAAAGUUGAAGACGGCUGUCACGCAGGAGAUCACUCGUACAAGAAAACCUAUGUGGAAAGUUCAUCCAGCGAGGACGACCACUACUAUCGGCCAGUGAGUUACCCUCAGCCCCUGGGUCUUUCCGGCGCCCCCUACAGGACAGAGUCCGGUCCGAGGCAGGCCUGCAUGUACGCCAGCGCUUCUCAAGUCACUGAGCCGCCGCCGAGCCUGGAAGACAUCAGCUGUAACACUUGGGCGGGAGUGUCACCGUAUGGCAGCUGCUCAGUGUCGGCCGUCCAGCAGAUGGAGCGGCUGCCCUACCAGCACUUCUCGGCUCAUUUUAACUCGGGGCCCCUGGUGUCCAGAUUAAGCGGCGUGGCGGGUCACGCCUCUCCGCAGCUGGCCGACACUCACGCUAUGUACCAGGGUCCCGUCCCCCAUCAGCCUCUGGGGCGUCAGUGCAGCCCGAGCACCGGGAUUCAGUCUCCGAGCACCAGCCUGCAGGGAAACGAGUAUCUGUACGCUCACGGAAUCCCUCGCACCCUUUCGCCGCAUCAAUAUCACGCCGUCCACAGCGUCAGCAUCAUGCCCGACUGGAACGAGGGAAGCUAACUGGAUCUGGAUCCCUCCAGCGUCUGUCCUGUGUGUUUAUAUGUCUGAACACUCUCAGCUCUUCUCCAGAGUCUCUGUAUGAGAACAACUGAAGCACACACUUACGAUGCCACCACUUACUGACUUCUAACAGAAGAGGACGAUGUUAUCAUGGGAAGGAAAGAAAGACUGUGUGAGAUGCUUUUCUCAUUGGUGAUUGAUGAUUUGUAGGUGAUGACGUUUUAGGAUCUUCUGACUGAUUGUUCUGCUUUCUAGAAGUCAAUGAAACUUUCACAAACCACAGGAGAGCAAUUUAUCUGGUGAUUCAUUCAUGCACUUACUAUUUUAUGUUCAGGGAAACGCAACAAGUUUAUUUUUGUACUCAAUCUCUUUAUGCCUCUGUAUGACCAGUGGAUUCAUGACACUGAAAAAUCAGUCAAAGGAAAUAAGUGUAAACAGCAAAUACACGAUACGUUCAUCCAGACUGCUGAUGUGAUAGUGUUACUCUAUAAGCUAGUUCUCAUAAACACACCGUCACAUCAUCAAUACAUCCAAGAGAGUCUGUUGCUGCGUCCCAAUUCACAUACUUUCCAUCCUAAAUAGUAUUUGAAUGUAGAAUGAGUAUGUCCCUAAUCGUAGUGUGUUGAAAAGAGUAUUCCAAAGAUUCCCGGAUGAUCUACUUACGGUAGAAAAUUGAAGUGCAGAAUAAUACACUCUGACGGCGGAUAUUACCCAUGACUCACUGUGAGUAGGCGGAGUUUAGUGACGCUCCACUGCAUUAAUAAAUUAUAAAACAAAAUGACUAAAUAUAACUAUAGUGUAAACAUUACAUAUGAAACCAUGAAUGAAUAAAUACUUAUAGCUGUAUUUCAAUGUGACAGCUAAUGGGCACAAUGAUUCUUGUGUGUGUCCCAGUGUGUGCAGAUUGUUUUGUUACAUACCAAUACAUUUCCAUAACAAAAACACUACAUACUUUUAGGUGAAUUGGGACGCAGCGUCUGUCUCAGAACACACACACACACACACACACACACACACACACACAGGAAGAGUUUCAUCUCUGGUCACACAAACACAAUCUCUGUUAGUUCUCACAGUUGACAGGGAUGUCAUGUAGAAGACGUUGUGUAGAUUUCAUCAUUAAAACAUGCUUUCAGACAGUCAAGAGUGUGCAUACAGUGUGUGCAUAUUUACACAGAGUUUUAUAAAUCCCAAUAUGUGUGUGUGUGUGUGUGUGUGGUUAUUUACACAACGUUUAUACAUUAGGUCUCUGAACACAGACGCUAAAUCUCAACAAAAAAAAACAUAUGGAAAUGAUUCUUUUUCAACACUCACAGUCACCAGAUUUCUCAUGUUAAUAGUAUUUAUUUUCCUUGUAUUAUAAAGUAUCUUCUCUUAUUCUGCCUUAUUUUGUCAUUUUUUUGUUUGACUUUUUCAUUUUUGUCCUUACAAUUUAAUUUGAGCUACAUUUUAGCAGGCAAGCUUUCCAUUUUUAACUAAAAAGUAAGUCUGGUUUGAAAUUCUUGAUUUUUUCUGUCAAAAACUAUGAUCGCAAGAUGAAGAAAUGUACAUAGAAAACAGAAUAAAUGUAAAAGAUC